AUGACGCCCCUGGACCACGUCCCGCACGCGGACGCGCUCGUGCGCGAGUACCUGCUCUUCCGCGGGUUCACGUCCGCGCUGCGCGCGUUCGACGCGGACGCGCGCGCGGAUCUCCUCUUCCGCGCGACCGCCGACGCCGACGCCGACGCCGACGCCGCCGCGAACGCGAACGCCGACGCCGACGUCGCGCGCGGUGACGCGUGCGACCGAGUCGCGGACGCGCUCUUCGAGCGCGACCUCCCCGCGCUCGACGUCCGCGCCGUCUGCGACACGCUCGCGCUCCUCCGCGCGCGCUUCUUCGCGCGCCUCGACGCGUCGUUCGCGCCCGCGUGCGCCAAGCUAGAGACGUCAAUCCUCCGCCUCCUCAUCGUUCACGCGCUGCGGCGCGGACGCAAGGACGUCGUCGACGCGCUCUUCGCGCGCGAGGGCGAGCGCCUCGCGGCGAAUAGCGACGAGUGGCACGCGUGGUUCGCGGUGUGCUACGUCGCGCGACCGGAGGAGGACGCGCGGUACCGCGCGCACUUCGCGAAAGGAUGGGGCGACGCCGUGCGAGCGUCGACGCGCAACUUCCUCGCGGAGGCGUUCCGCGCGACGCCCGCGCCCGCGAUGCUGCGGUUCGGGGAGGAGAGGCGACGGCGGAGCGCGCUGGAGAAGCGCGCGCGCGAUGCGGAGCUCGAGUGCGUCGCGCUCAGGGCGACGCUCGAGGAGAGAGAAGACCGAGCCGCGCGGAUCGGCGGCGGCGGGCUCGACGACGACGCGUCCGAGGCGCGUUCUAUCUCACACUGGUUCCCAUACGACCGCGUUCGCGUGAACGACCCUGAUUCGAUCGCGUCGCCGCCGCCGCCGCCGCCGCCGCCGCCGCCGGCGACUCCCGCGAGGGUGACCUCGCGAGAGACGCGAUCGUGGCACUCCGCGGCGAUCGCGUGCGCGCGUUUCUCCCCGGACGGCGGCGACGUCGCGAGCGGCAGCGCGGACGGCACCGCGCGGGUGUGGACGCCCGCCGAGGCGUUGGAUUCGCCGCGCGCGCGAAACGCGACGAUUCACUGCGGCCGAGAGGUGCAGGUCGUGGAGUGGAGCGGCGGCGGGGACGGUAACGCUUCAUCUUCAGCCGUUACGUAUAAUACGAACGUCGCGCCGUCGUCGUCGCUGCUCAUAGGCACGCGAGGCGGCGGGCUGCGCGUGUGGAACGUGGACGCGAAACGCGUGACGGUGGACGCCGCGGGCGACGAGAAUUUCCCAAAUUUCGACGACGUGCGGUCGUCGCCGACGGAGCACGUGUUCGCGUGCGCGACGUCCUCGGACGCGCGCGACGGCGCGAUCACGAUGUGGAACUCGAGACGGUUCGAGCCGAUGCACGCGCUCGCGAUGGGUCCGCGCGGCAGAAGUAGUAUCACACGUGGCGGCGCGCCGUUAAUUCACGCGCUCGCGUUUAAUCACAACUCGAAGCUCCUCGCCGCCGCAAGCGACGACGGCCGCGUCGUCUUGUUCGACCUGAACAGCCGCAAGGUCAUCACGACGUGGGAUCACGGCGGGGUAGGCAGAGUAAGCGUCGCGGCGACCGGUUUAGGGUUCAGCGCGGACCAGACGAGCGUGUACAGCGUGGGGGGCGACGGCGUGGUCAAGGAGUGGUCGCUUAGGACGGCAGGCGGCGGCGGCGGCGGCGGCGGCGCGCCGCCGACGCGCGUCGUCGACGCGAGUCGCGCGUGCGGGGUCGCGGGGAAGGACGCCGGCGCGGCGAUUCGCAUACGCAUGGCCGUGGACCCGAACGGCGCCGGCGUCGCGCUGAGCUCGCGCGAGACGCACGCGGUGUUCGUUCGUCUGGACGGCGGCGGCGGCGGCGGCGGCGGCGGCGGCGGCGGCGGCGGCGGGGGAACCGUGCACACGAUCCCCGGGCACCGAGGCGACGUGACGUGCGUGGACUGGCACCCGGGGAAGGACGUCGUCCUCACCGGUGGUGCGGAUAACGCCCUCGCGCUGUCCACCUUGGCGUUGUGA